UGUUGAAUUUUAUAUAAAGGUAGUUGCAGUCGAUGAAAAUUCAAUUAAUGUUCAUUGAGCGUUCAUGCGAUUAAGAUUAACGGCGGAAAAGUACGCGAGUCGGAAAUAAACAGAGAAACUGCGAGAAAUUUCGAUUACGUGAAGUUCAAGGAAUUUCUUUAAAUAAAUUCCCCCAAAAAAAAAAGUUAAAAAUUCAAUUUCAAGUUGAAAUUCAACAAAAACAGAGGAAAAAUGGAAACCGAGACAGAAAACGUUGUGACGGAACGCGUCGAAAGCCCAAUCAUGGAUGAGCCCGAUGAUGUGCUCGUGGAAUGCGAUUUUGAAGUUUUUGGUCAUGUUCAAGGAGUCAGUUUUACGAAAUAUUGCAAAGACAUCGCCUUGUCAAAUGGCAUCCGGGGCUGGGUGAAAAACUCAAAAAAGGGCACAAUUAUCGGAAAAAUGCAAGGAAUAAAGGUCGAAAUGGAUAAAAUGGUCCACUGGCUAUCGAAAGUCGGAUCACCUGGAUGCGAAAUUGAACGAUGCGACUUCACAAAUUGGGAAACAAUUUACAAAUAUGACUACAAGGACUUCCAAAUUAGGUUCUAAAGUCGUAUUUUGCUGAAGCUGCUCCAAUCCUGUCAAUUGCCAGAUCGCAAUUUUUACUUUGCGACACUUUUAUUUAUUUUAAUUUUAAUUUAUUAUUUAUUUUAUGUCUAGAUUUCUCGCGUUAAUUUGUAAGUGGGUUAGGAAUGUGUCGAAUUUUGAUGUAUUUUUUCUCGUGAAUGUCGAUCGAUCGUUAAAUGUGAUUUUUUUCUCGCGAUUUUUUGGGUGUCUUUGAAAAUUACGUUCAAGGUUACAAAGAAAAUUUCUCGAAAUUUUGUUUUUUCGUGUCAAUUAAUGAAAAUUUAAUGAAUAAAAAUGAACUUUAACUGCAUUAAAUGAU